AUGACACAUUUAAUGGACUUACCAAAACGUUUCCAAUUGAGAACGGCUGCUGUUCUUGUAUCGGAGCCGCAACUGGAACAGGCCCUAAAAUUAUUAAUAAAACAGUUGACAUCAGAUCAAAAGCAGAACGUCACUACAAAAGCUCAAAACUUAAUUCAAACUAUUUUAAAUAUGCAAAAAUUCAAACUUUAA